ACGGCGACAGGUAGCUGCGUGGUUGCUGUUCCGUUGGCCGCGCUCCGAGGUGUCGCGGCGCCAUGCCGAGCCGGCCCGAGGACUACGAGGUGCUGCUCACCAUCGGCGCCGGCUCCUACGGCAAGUGCCAGAAGGUGCGGCGCCGGGCGGACGGCAAGGUCUUGGUUUGGAAAGAGCUCGACUAUGGCUCCAUGACAGAAGCCGAGAAACAAAUGCUUGUUUCGGAAGUGAAUUUACUCCGGGAGCUGAGACACCCAAACAUUGUCCGGUAUUAUGAUCGCAUCAUUGACAAAAGCAACACAACCCUGUACAUCGUGAUGGAAUAUUGUGAAGGAGGUGACCUGGCUAGUCUCAUUGCAAGAUGUACAAAGGAAAGACACUACUUAGAGGAAGACUUUGUUAUCCGCAUGUUGACUCAGUUGACCCUGGCCUUGAAGGAAUGUCACAGACGGAGUGAUGGUGGUCACACUGUGUUGCACCGUGACUUAAAACCAGCAAAUAUCUUUCUAGAUAGCAAGCACAAUGUGAAACUUGGAGACUUUGGAUUGGCUAGAAUAUUGCACCAUGAUACCAGUUUUGCUAAAACAUUUGUUGGCACUCCAUAUUACAUGUCUCCAGAACAAAUGAACCGCAUGUCAUAUAAUGAAAAAUCAGACAUCUGGUCUCUAGGAUGUUUGCUGUAUGAACUAUGUGCACUCUCGCCUCCAUUUACAGCUUAUAACCAAAAGGAGUUGGCAGAGAAGAUAAAAGAAGGGAAGUUCAGACGAAUACCAUAUCGAUAUUCAGAUCAAUUGAAUGAACUUCUUAAAAAGAUGCUGAAUUUAAAGGACUACUGUCGACCCUCUGUUGAAGAAAUUCUACAGAAUCCCUUGAUAGCUGACUUGGUGGUAGAAGAGCAAAGAAACCACUCUGAGAAGAGAGGACGAAGAUCAACAGAGUCAGAAAGGCUGCAGCAUUCAGGCACUGCAGUAAAUGAGCUGAAACUGAAGGAACAACAGUUGCAGGAGAGAGAACGAGCCAUAAAAGAGAGAGAGCAACAACUGGAACAGAGGGAGCGGGAGCUGUGUGUUCGCGAGAGACUGGCAGAAGAUAAACUUGCUAGGGCUGAAAACUUGAUGAAAAACUACAACCUAUUCAAGGAACAGAGGAUAUUAGCAGGUGCUAAAAGCCCAGAUGAAGUGCUACUCCCCUCUUCUACAAGAAAGAAGAAGGUUCACUUUGGUGCAAGUAAAGAGAACGCUAUAUCCAAUGAUAAUUUGGAGAAUUAUCCUCUCCCAAAAGAGAAAUGCUCUGAGCUGAAGAAACGCCUUUAUGCCGCUAACCUGCGGGCUCAAGCACUGUGUGAACUAGAAAAAAAUUAUCAACUAAAAAGCAGGCAAAUUCUGGGUAUGCGCUGAAACUGUGUAUAGUGUUUAACAUUUUAAUGUCACUUAAAAAUUUAUUGAUACAAGUAUUGUGCUCCUUCUGUCCUGAUUUUUUUUACCGUGAUUUGAAUCCUGUUUUGUUUUUAGCUGAGAUGCUACCAUUUUAACUUAAUAUUUUACAUAAAAGAAGUUAUGUAUAAGUUUCCCUUUUUUAUUAAUUUUCCAUCAUACUGUCCAUGCUUGAAAGGAUACUUCAGUGGAACAGAAGGAUAGCUUUGA